GGAGGAGCAGCACCUGAGCUGAGAUGCUCUUGUUGUUGUUGCCGCCGACUUCUCUUUGACCGAAAGCUGCCGCUCCUUUUCGGAAAGCGGGGAUUUGUUUCUGUGUUUCUGGACACUUCCUUUGCGCGAUUCGAUUCUUUGCCUCGCCUAAAUCUCCCCACGAUUUCUUCUUCUUCUUCGCCUUGGACUCGGCAGAUCCUUUUCCUCUCUGCCCGCCCAUUCUUGCUCGCUUCCUCUGCUUCCUAGCUAGCUCUCUGCAAAGUCUUUCCAGUUUUUCGGUGAGAGGCUGCUGGUGUGUGACGGACUCUGUCAGUGGAGGAUCACACAUCUGGUGGGGAAGAGGAUCUUGCUCUGACGGUGGACGGCAUGGCGUCGAGAUCCUACUCCGACCUCGUGGAGCUCGCCUCCGGCAGCGGCAGCGCCGAGGAGCCCUCGUCGCUGCCGUCGCUCGGCCGGCGCCGGUUACCCCGCGUGGUGACGGCGUCCGGCAUUGUGCCGGACCUCGACUGCUCCGACGACGACGCCGCCUCGGCCGCGUCCGACCACUCCCCGCACGCGCCGAGGGAGCGCACCAUCAUCGUGGCGAACCAGCUGCCCGUGCGCGCCACCCACCUGGCGGGCGGCGGCUGGGAGUUCUCGUGGGACGAGGACAGCCUGCUGCGGCAGCUCAAGGAGAGCCUGCGCGCGCACCACGGCCGCGCCGACAUGGACUUCGUCUACGUGGGCGGCCUCCGCGACGACGUCCCGCCCGCCGACCAGGACAGGGUGGCGCACGACCUCUUCGAGGGCUUCCGCUGCGUGCCCACCUUCCUGCCGCCCGACCUGCGCUCCCGCUUCUACCACGGCUUCUGCAAGCAGCAGCUCUGGCCACUGUUCCAUUACAUGCUCCCCCUGUCGCCGGACCUCGGCGGCCGCUUCGACCGCGCGCUCUGGCAGGCCUACGUCUCCGCCAACAAGAUCUUCGCCGACAAGAUCCUCGAGGUCAUCAACCCGGACGAGGACUUCGUGUGGGUGCACGACUACCACCUCAUGGUGCUGCCCACCUUCCUCCGCAAGCGCUUCAACCGGGUCAGGCUCGGCUUCUUCCUCCACAGCCCCUUCCCGUCCUCGGAGAUCUACAAGACGCUGCCGGUCCGCGAGGAGCUGCUCCGGGCGUUGCUCAACGCCGACUUGAUCGGGUUCCACACCUUCGACUACGCAAGGCAUUUCCUGUCCUGCUGCAGCAGGAUGCUCGGCCUCAAAUACGAGUCGCAGAGGGGAUACAUUGCGCUGGAGUACUACGGCCGGACUGUUACCAUCAAGAUAUUGCCGGUGGGAGUGCAUCUGGUGCAGCUGCAGUCGGUGCUCAACCUCCCGGAGACCGGGGUCAAGGUUGCCGAGCUUCUCAAGCAGUUCUGCUAUCGGGACCGGAUCCUCAUGCUCGGCGUGGAUGAUAUGGACAUCUUCAAAGGUAUCAGCUUGAAGCUUCUGGCGUUUGAGCAGCUCUUGAUACAGCAUCCGGAGUGGCGGGGAAAAGUGGUGCUGGUCCAGAUCGCCAAUCCGGCGAGGGGGCGGGGGAAGGAUGUGCAGGAGGUGCAGGAUGAGAGCUAUGCGAUGGUGAAGCGCAUCAACGACGCGUUCGGGCAGCCAGAUUACGAGCCAGUUAUACUGAUCGACAGGCCGCUGCAGUUCUACGAGAGGAUGGCGUACUAUGUCGUAGCCGAGUGCUGCCUGGUGACAGCGGUGAGGGAUGGCAUGAACCUCAUACCGUACGAAUACAUAAUCGCGAGGCAAGGGAACGAGAACAUUGACAGGAUCCUGGGCCUCAGCCCUUCCACCAGGAAGAAGAGCAUGCUUGUUGUGUCGGAGUUCAUCGGCUGCUCACCCUCCCUCAGCGGCGCCAUCCGGGUGAACCCUUGGAACAUUGAUUCAGUGGCUGACGCUAUGGACUCUGCCCUGGAGAUACCUGAAGGCGAGAAGGUGCUGAGACAUGAGAAGCAUCACAAAUUUGUGAGCACGCAUGAUGUUGGAUACUGGGCAAACAGCUUCCUACAGGAUCUGGAGAGGACCUGCCAGGAUCAUAACAAGAGGCGCUGCUGGGGCAUAGGGUUUGGGCUCAGGUUCAGGGUUGUGGCCCUUGAUACGAGCUUCAAGAAGCUCGCGGUUGAGCAGCUUGUCUCGGCCUACCGGAGGACGACCACGCGCGCCAUUCUCCUGGACUAUGAUGGCACGCUGAUGCCUCAGACGUCGUUCGGCAAGAACCCGAGCUCCAAAACAAUAGACAUGCUGAACAGCCUCUGCCGCGACAAGAACAACAUGGUCCUGCUCGCCAGCACGAAGACUCGGGCGACCUUAAGCGAAUGGUUCUCGCCAUGUGAGAACCUUGGGCUGGCUGCUGAGCAUGGCUACUUCCUCAGGAUGAGAGGAGAUGCAGAGUGGGAGACGUGCGCUCCUGCACCCGACUCUAGCUGGAAGCAGAUUGUGGAGCCUGUGAUGAGAACCUACACGGAGACAACCGACGGGUCAACCAUCGAGGACAAGGAGACCGCGAUCGUUUGGUGCUACGAGGACGCCGACCCUGAUUUUGGGUCGUGCCAAGCCAAGGAGCUCCAUGACCACCUGGAGAGCGUCCUUUCGAACGAGCCAGUCUCGGUCAAAGCAGACGUGAACCAUGUCGAGGUGAAGCCGCAGGGCGUGAACAAGGGCCUGGUGGCGAAGCGGCUGCUGUCGGCGAUGCAGGAGAGGGGCGCCCUGCCCGACUUCGUCCUCUGCAUCGGGGACGACCGGUCGGACGAGGACAUGUUCGAGGUGAUCACCACGGCGGUGGACGGGCCGUGCCUGAGCCCUGAGGCGACCGUCUUCGCCUGCACGGUCGGGCGCAAGCCCAGCAAGGCCAAGUACUACCUGGACGACCCCGCCGACAUCGUGCGGCUGAUCCAGGCCCUCGCCAACGUCUCCGACCAGUCGCAGGGCGCUCCCCCCUCCUCAUCCUCGUCUGCGGACAUAGAUACCGCGUUGAGCUGAAGCAAGGCAAAGCCAGCCAUGGCUGUCCCAGCUCCGGCAUCAAUAAGACAAGCAUCUCGGGAAGAGGAAGAAGAUGAACAAGGAGGAGGAUCGUCAUCGUCGCCUGCAGCAUCGUCCCCGGGUGUACAUUCUCUAGGUCUAGGAGCGCUGGACCGCACCAUCGCAUGGCUUGUGACUUGUCUUUCAGUAGCCGAUGUGUACAUAGACCCUGUCGAACUUGCUUUUCUGGAUGGAAUUUCGCCACCACCGCCGGCCGCUCCUUCAAAGAUCGCCAAGAGUGAAAACACGGCCAUCUUUGGAGCCGCUGCUUUUCAAUCUGCAUUUCGUGUUUCA